CGACUCCCGCAUCUACACUACUCCUGAGCGGCUCCUGGAAGUUUACUUUCACUUUCGUGUGUUCCUUCGACUUUUAACUGAAUCGGCGGACUGGUUUUAGAGGCUCGCUCUGUCUGGUUUGGAACACGGAAACAGACGGAUCGAUUGUGUUGCGUGCAUUAUUAUUCGCCCGCUGCUUACGUGGUGCAGACGGGGCAGUGUUUUUUCCGUGCCUCCGGUGAAGAGUGUUCGAUAGAAUUUGCCUCGUAAUUAUUUGCCUACGCUGUUGAACCUUGCACGGGUUUUUAUCGGUUGAUUUUGUACAAUCUUCACUGCCAUCCCGUGUCAUUGGUUUGUCCCGAAAAGUUCAAGUCCAAAGUUCAACUACCUGCUCGCAUCUCGCAUCCAAAUGAACAUGACUCGAAUAAUUCAACAACGAACCACAGCAUCACCACUCGGGAGAGUGUUAGCGUCGUCCGCCGGUGUGUCCGUAAGUAAAAUGUUAACCGCACAACUGGCAACUGCGGCUUCGGGCCCACCAGCCCUGCAACGCCAGCCCGUACCGAAGCUGUCCGACACGAUGCAGAAGCUGGUCCGAUCCAUUGAACCGCAUGUGGACGCGGACACCCUCGCCGGAACGAAACGAGCCACCGAGCAGUUUGCCCAACCCGGAGCGAUCGGUCAGAAGCUGCAGGAGUUACUCGAACAGCGGGCUGCGAAGAAGGAUAACUGGCUAGCCGAUUGGUGGCUUCGUAGUGCGUACAUGGAGUAUCGCGAUCCGGUUAUCGUCUACUCUAGCCCGGGACUCGUAUUUCCCCGGGCUGCCUACCGUUCGCUGGACGAACAGUUGGCGUACGCGGCAAAGAUCGUUUCCGCUGCCCUGGCGUACAAAAUGCUCAUCGAUGGGGGCAAAAUCAAACCGGAAGCGAUGGGCAAGAUACCGCUCGAUAUGUCGCAGUAUGAGAAGAUUUUCGGCACAUGUCGUAUCCCGGGCCGGGAGCGGGAUUCGGUACAGUUUAAUCCACGCUCGAAGCACAUCGUCGUGGCGUGCAAUAAUCGAUACUAUCAGCUAAACGUGUUUGGCCCGUCCGGUGGCCUUGCGAGUGAAGCCCAAAUCCUUGCCGAACUGAAGAAGAUUGCCGGUAAAGAAAAUGCCAGGCAGCGCCUGGAACCGAUCGGAAUUCUCACCGCAAACCAUCGAGACAGUUGGGCCAAAGCGUACGAAGUGCUUGUGGCUGAUCCGACCAACCGUAGCUCGGUGGAGACGAUCCAAAAGGCACUGUUUGUCCUCUCGAUCGAUCGCGAGAUCCCGCAGAAGGCGGGCAAUGAUGAUAUCGUCACGGCCAGCGAUCUUCUGAUCCACGGAGGCGGAUCCGCGGUUAACGGAGGUAACCGAUGGUACGAUAAAACGAUUCAGCUGGUCGUAGCCCCGAACGGUAUCAAUGGCCUUACGUACGAACACUCUCCGGCCGAGGGGCAACCGAUCGCGGUAAUGACGGACUUUCUGAUCGAGUACGUUAACGGAGGUAAACAUCUGAAUGCCGUCGAUCAACCGGAGUUGAAGGCAGCUUCGGUGGAGCUUCCGUUCAACGUGACCCCGGAAGUACGCAGCGCCGUUGAUGAAGCAUCCGGUUUCGUGGAUAAACUUGCCGCCGACAUCCAGAUGGACUACCUACAUUUCACCGACUACGGAAAGGGAUUCAUCAAGACGCAACGCAUGAGCCCGGACAGCUACAUCCAGAUGGCGAUCCAGUACGCGUUCUAUCGGCUGCACCGUGUCCCCGGAGCGCACUAUGAAUCGGCCCAAACGCGCAUGUAUCUACACGGGCGUACGGAAACUAUCCGCUCGUGCUCCGUUGAAUCGAUCGCAUUCGCCCGGGCGAUGCUGGAGGCGGGUCGGGAUGGACGUGCGAAGGUGGAAGCGAUGAAGGCAGCCAUCAACGCCCACAAGGCGUACGUUUCAAUGGCCAUCCAGGGUCAGGGAGUCGAUCGUCAUCUACUGGGACUUAAAUUGAUCGCGAAAGAGAACGGAAUUCAGCUGCCGGAACUGUACUCGGAUAAGGGAUUGCAGCGUAGUGCACACAUGCGGUUGUCCACCAGCCAGGUGGCCUCACGGUACGAUGCGUUCAUGUGCUACGGACCGCUGACGCAGGACGGGUAUGGAUGCUGCUACAACCCGAAGGAGGACGAUAUGUGGUUCGGACUUUCGGCAUUCCGGUCGAACCCGGAGACGGAUGUCGCGAGGUUCCGCGUGAGCCUACGGGAGGCUCUGAAGGAAAUGUACGAGGUGCUCGUACACUUUGGCGAAAAACCGAAGGGCAAGCUUUAAACAAAACUACGCAGACAGAUGGUAUACCUUGUUCGGACACUUAUAUCAAAAUGCGAUUUACAGUCGUUUUCAGUUGAGUUUUUGUUUGAUUUCAUUGUAACGAAAAAAAAAGAUUUUUAAAGAAAAUAUGACAUAAAAAUGGCAAAAGUUAGGAAAAAAUACAGGGAAGAAAAUUGUAA